GUUUCGCUUUUACUAUUGUCUGUUUACUAUUUUAAAAGAUUACAUUUCUGAGUCUUUCUAGAACUUGUGAAACACUCAAGAAGACGUUUCAGAGAUAUCUGUUUGAUAUAGAUCUAGAUCUAGAUCUAUACUUGAUCUAUUUCUCAUUAUUCUCUAGGCCUAUCCUAUUUUUUAUAAUUACUCUAGACAAUUGUAAAGAAAGAUCAUGCCUAGAAAAAAGCCUUUCAGUGGCAAACAGAAAAAGCUCCAACUCAAAGACAAAAAAACAAAAAAACAAGAUGGACCAGCUUAUCUUAUGGACGACAGUGACUCUGAUGGUCAUUCCAAGUUUAAAAAACAUUCUUCCGGGAAACAACAAAGGAGUAACCACGAUGCAUUUUCUUUAGAUGAAUUAGACAUUCAAAAGUUAAAUGAGCAGCCAACUAAACCAGGCAAUAAAAGUGACAAAUUUGACAUCAACAGUUUCAAACUCCACUUUUUUAAAGAAAAGGAGGAAGAAAUAAUUAAAAGAAAGAAAGAGUCACGACUUCCAAUUGUAAUAGGUGAUGAGAAGCCAAUAGCCUACAAACUUGAAGAUGUUUACCCCCCAACAGCCAAACUGGAUUUUCCUAAGAGACAGCCAUGGAACUACAGCCUAACCAAAGAACAGCUGGAACAGCAGGAAAAACAAUACUUUAAGUCCUAUGUAUUAGAUAUUCUGGACCAACCAAGGGCUAAAGAUCUCAGUUACUUUGAGCUAAACCUAGAAACAUGGCGUCAGUUGUGGCGAGUCCUGGAGAUUUCAGAUAUUCUACUGAUCAUUGCUGACAUUAGAUAUCCAGUGCUGCACAUUCCACCUAGCCUCAUCAACCAUGUUUUAAAAGAGCUUCAUAAAGAAGUCAUCAUCAUAUUAAACAAAGUAGACUUCGCACCAGUAGUUUUGGCCUUAGCAUGGAAGCGUUACUUGCAUAAACUGUUUCCUGGCAUCCAUGUCAUCUUUUUCUCCUCGUUCCCCAGGCAAGCACCAGAAGGGGAAAUUCAGCUGGACUUUGACCCUUCAGCUGCUUUGUAUAGAAGACAGUAUAAAAAGAAAGCCAUACCUGUUGGUCCCAGUGAGCUGCUAAAUGUCUGUAAAGAAAUCGUCGCCAGUAAAGUUGAUUUGUCCUUGUGGGAGCAGAAGAUUUCAGAAAAUGCUGCCUAUGUGUUGGAGGAUGAUGAGGAAAAUGAAAGUGAAGAUGAGAAGUGUGAUGAAGCUACAAACACAAAUGAAGAUGAACUUUUAGAGCAUGAGGCUUAUGAACAAGCUGCCCAUCCUAAGUAUAAAAAUGGAAUCAUGACCAUUGGGUGUAUUGGUUACCCUAAUGUAGGCAAAUCUUCUGUGUUAAAUGCACUUGUUGGUAAAAAGGUUGUUUCUGUUUCCAAAACACCUGGCCACACCAAACACCUGCAGACAAUUUUCCUGUCCCCAACAGUAAGACUGUGUGAUUGUCCCGGCCUUGUGUUUCCAUCUAUGGUGCCAAAGUCACUUCAGAUUAUAGCUGGCAUAUUUCCUGUUGCCCAAGUGAGGGAGCCAUACUCUGUAGUGGGGUACCUGGCCAAAAGACUGGACAUACCAAAGUUGUUGAAGCUGACCCCACCAGACCUUUCCUACCUGGAGGUUGAAGCAAGAUCUCAGUACCAGUGGACAGCUCAUGAUAUUUGUGAAGCUUGGGCUAUCAAAAAUGGGUUCACAACAUCCAAGGCAGGGCGUCCAGAUGUCUACAGGGCAGCCAACAAACUCCUCCGCCUAGCCGUGGAGGGUCAGCUGUGUUUAUGCUUUAAGCCACCAGACUUUGAAGAGACGUCAGAGCAAUUAGUGAGUGACCCAGAGACCAGCAAACUAUCCACUGUACUCAACUCCCAACCUAUUCAGCCAACCAACACCGAAGAAUCAGAUGCCAGUAAUGAAAGUGAUGACGAAGAAGAGGAGGAACCUCAGUUCACCAAAACCACUGGCAUGUUUGAUAAGCUGCAGGAGUUAGAGGAUGAUGAUGGUGAAGAUUCAGAUCCUACCUAGGUACCAGCAAAACUGCACAACAUAUAAAGUCUCAGGCGAUACCUGACCUUGUAUGUUAACUUGUGGUUUUGGGAAUUAUUCUUCAACAAUUGCUGUUAAAAACAAAGUUUUUGUGCAUUUGUUUAUAUUUACUUUAAACAGUCUUCCUAUAAAAAAUAAGACAUUCAUUGUGCACUGUGAAGAUGUUGAAUAAUUCAUAAUUGUAAGCAGUAAUUUGAAAUUAACCAACAGUAUUUUAUUGUAUGUAUUGGACAACUUCCACACACCACCUGGCAUGUAACAGUAUACUAACACAGAUUAGACUUAGUUUUAAUACUUUAUUUACAUUACUUUAAUUAAAUAAGAUCAGCCCUAAUUUCUAUAAAUAGCUACAGACAAUUACAAACCAUGACACAAUGAAUGUAACAAAAUAAAUUUACCAUUUAUUCAAAUGUAUGUGUAAAAAAAAAUGCAUAUGCUGAAAUGUUCUUGAGUAAUGAUGACCAUAGUUAGCUUGUUUAUCUGCCUAACUGUGAGGGUGGUGUGAAGAAACCUGUCCCUUGUUUACUGGCAGCACGGGAUGGUGCCAGUCCCAACAGCUUUUGGAUGUUCUGUCAAAUAGAGGCAAUAACACUCUAUACAUUAAAGUAAUUGUAUUGUUAAUUUAUCUAUUAUCUAGUAAAUGUACAAGUAUGAGGAUAAUUUUAGCAGAAUUCAUGAGAACCAAUGUGCCUUUUCAGAUUGUAAGUAUUAAAUUUAAUUAUUAAACAGAAUUUUAAUACA